GGCGUAUGUCCCCCUACCGUCGGAAGCGAAUAGAGGCUCCUCUUGCUCGUAGAUCUCCUUCAACAGCUCACUCACGUUCCUUGUCCAGAACCCCUCCCCGCCGAAAGGCCCGCUCCCACUCAAGAACACCACCAUACCGCGGGAGUCCAAGCCAAAUGUCGAUGACGCCAAUUCGCAAUGGCAAGAAAAGAGCUCGUUCUCCAGAGAUGUACCGUCCUUACUCUCGAUCGCUGUCUCCGCCACCUCGUGGCAAAGGUCGUGCGUAUUUUGAAUCUCGUUCAACAUCACCUUCUCGCUCAAUCACCCCACCUCGUCGUCGGGGCCGAGAUGAAAUGUCCAUCUCACCCCCUCCAAAGCGUCGUAGACGGAGCCCUUCUCGUGAUCGUUAUCGUGAAACCAGGAGACGUUCUCCUCCCCGCCGAUCUAGCCCAUCCAUUGCUCCGAGUCGCAGUCGCAGCCCUCCUGCGCCCAGACCGAAAGAGCCAAGCGGCACGGGAGGAACGAGCAUCAAAGGCGCAGCCAGUCGUCGUCGAGAAGCGGAUGCGAAAAUGAUUUCUACUUCCCCCAUCCGUGCUCGUUCGCGCACACCCGAACGCUCCCCCAUUCAGAGUCGUUCACUUAUCGAUCGUUUGGGGGGAAGCAAGUGGGCCAGAAAUCCUAAUGACGAAGAUGAAAAAGAGAAGUCUCGUGCAGAGAUGGACCGAUUGGAGAACGAGCUGAAGGAGAGAAUGCUCAGACAAAAGGUUAUAAACACCAUGAAAAGAAAUUCAGAGUAUUCUGGACAACUGGAACUUGGUCCAAACUAACCGACAGGUACUUGCUAUGUGAGAC